GUUGUUCUGUGCACGCUCGCUUUCACAUGUUUGAUCUUCGACGUGUGGAGCCUGAGCCUGGCUGGCUCUCGCUAGCGUCGAGCGGGAGGCCAAGUGGGGGACGAGUCGAUCGUCGCGCGGAACAGCGUGAAGCGGUGAUGCAAGCCAAAAGGCAUACCGUACAGCAAGUCUCUUGCACCACCCAAGAAGCAGGGUAAAGCAGAACACCCGCGCCAUCACCGCUUCGCUACACAUGCUCCCUACACACACCAACAUACACUCUUGACUGCGACUCUCUACUACGAUAUUGACGGUUCGUAUUGCAGCAAGAAACUUCAAAAUGACUUCCGCGGAUCAUCAGGAACAGCAGAAAUUCUCGGUGGACCAGAUUCCACCGCUGAACGGCAAGAUCGCCAUCGUGACGGGCGGACACGCUGGCAUCGGUCUUGAGACGACAAGAGCACUGGCGCAUGCCGGCGCCAAAGUCUACAUGGCAUCGCGAACAGAGUCGAAAGCUCAGGGUGCCAUCGCACAGCUACGCAAGGAGCACGCAGAAUCCGCCUCGCAGGGCAAUACCAGCGACGCUGGACAGAAAGCUCAGGAUGCAAGCGCGGCCGGUGCGACGGGCUCGAGCCCUGCCGAGCUACAGCUCGACUAUGUUCACCUGGACCUGAGCGACCUCUCGACGGGACCAAGAUGUGCGAAGGACUUUCUUGCCAAAGAGUCGCAGUUGCAUAUCAUCGUGUGCAACGCUGGCAUCAUGGGCGCUGAUUACGAGUUGACAAAGGACGGCAUCGAGCAGUCUUUCCAGGUCAACCACUUGACCCACUUUGCCCUUAUCCAAGGUCUCUUGCCCGCCCUGGAAGCUGCCGGCAAAGCUUCAGCCCCUCAUCCAGCGCGCAUCGUCAACCUGACGAGCAUCGCGCACAAAUUCAUCAGCGCGAACCCAGCCUUGGAGCCGAAAUUCAAAUCGCUCGACGAUGUCAAUCGCAAGAUGGGCAUUGGAGAGUUGGGCAAGUACAUGCGAUACAGUCAAGGCAAGCUCAGCAAUCUCCUGAUGGUGCGAGAAUUCAAUCGUCGACAUGGCGCAAGCGUCAGGGCCACCGCGGUGCACCCUGGCUUUAUCGCCUCUGACCUCUACAAGGGUACACCAUUGGCUCCCAUCGCACCCAAGAUCUUUGCGAGCGUGUCGGAAGGAGCACUUGCCAGCUUGUAUGCUGCUACGAGCCCCAAUCUGGAGAAGGAGGAUUCUUGGGAUGCCUAUCGCGUUACGUUUGGUCUGGAAGGACAAGACACCAAGUAUUCACGCGACGAGGAUCUUGCCAAGGAUCUCUGGGACCUCAGCGAGAAGCUCGUGGCGGAGAAAGGAGCGUCAAGCGGAUCCGUCUGAGUUUCGUACUGGAUUCCCGAAUUUUGCUCCGCAUCAUGGCUAGCUACCGAUCCGACUGGAAUGGAAUGUGCAGCAUCCAGC